AUGAAGCGCCUUACCGAGCGAGUGCAUCACGAGGAGCAGGAGUCCGAAGAGGUGGUCUGGGUGAAGAGGGAGGACGCACGCACCGCCGGCAAGCUUCCCAUCGUAUUCUCGCGGAACUAUGCGGUCCGCUUUGGUGGCCUUGAACGCCUACAUCCCUUCGAUGCGGCCAAGGGCAAGCACAUUCACAAGCUCCUGUGCGCCCAGCUGCAGCUCGACGACGGGAGUUUCUACGAGCCCACGGAGCUGACCAAGGACCAGCUGCGUCGGAUUCACACAAGGGAUUACCUUAAGUCACUGCGCUGGAGCAUGAAUGUGGCCUGCAUCGCCGAAGUGCCGGUGAUGGCCUUUGUUCCGAAUCGCUACAUCCAGCGGUCCUAUUUGCGUCCCAUGCGCUUCCAAGCAGCCGGUUCCAUUUUGGCCGGUAGGCUGGCGUUGGAUUAUGGUUGGGCCAUCAACCUGGGCGGUGGGUUCCAUCACUGCUGCUCGUACAGAGGCGGUGGCUUCUGUCCGUAUGCUGACAUCUCGCUGCUCAUCGUCAGGCUGUUCGAGCAGGAACCAUACCGGGUGCGCCGCAUCAUGAUUGUGGACCUGGACGCCCACCAGGGCAACGGGCAUGAGCGGGACUUCAACAACGUGGCAGCCGUGUACAUUCUGGACAUGUACAAUGCCUUUGUCUAUCCGCGGGAUCAUGUGGCCAAGGAGAGUAUCCGGUGUGCGGUGGAGCUGCGCAACCACACUGAGGAUGCCUUCUACUUGCGACAACUUAAACGCUGCCUGAUGCAGUCCCUGGCCGAGUUCCGUCCAGAUGUGGUCAUCUACAAUGCGGGAACCGAUGUCCUCGAGGGGGAUCCGUUGGGCAAUCUGGCUAUUUCUGCGGAGGGCGUCAUGGAGCGGGAUCGGUUGGUGUUUAGUACAUUCCGCACUUUGGGAAUUCCGGUGGUAAUGCUGCUGAGUGGUGGCUACCUAAAGGCAUCCGCGGGGGUGAUUGCGGCUUCCAUUGUUAAUCUUCGGCUUCAGGGAUUGCUAAACUAAUAAAUUCAAAUAACUUUAGACGAUAACACCAAGGUAGUGCCACACAAGCCACAUACAAACAGCGGAUGCAUAUAUAAUAUGUACAGUCAAUUCUUACCAUUCAUAACUAGUACAA